CCCACGGCAGUGUCUGUGAGCCACACCGGAGACCGGAACAAGCAGCACCCGUCUUAAAUGACUUGUGUGCCGUUUGUCUAGGGAAGACGUGGGCAGUGCCGUUCUCAAAUACCUCUUGAUCAGACUCUUUCUUUGAAGUUUGCGCUCUCCACUUCCUUCUCGUCAAGUCAGCCUGCUGCUCUCCUGAGCCCAUACUCACUUUUACAGAGAUCUCCAACGAUGUUGUUCAGGACAUGGACUGCAAGCGCCCUUGUUGGCAUGGCUGUUGCGCAAGACUUGACGACCAUACUCGCGAAUACACCAGAGUUGUCCAACCUCACCUCCUACCUUGGGCUGUUUCCAGACCUCACGGCGACUCUGGCAUCUCUGAAGAACAUCACUCUGCUCGCACCCAACAACAAUGCUUUUGCGAGACUGUUAAACUCCUCCGCUGGAGCUGCCCUGGUCCAGAACGACACCUCGGCAAUCCAAGCAUUGUUCACCUACCACGUUUUGAAUGGAACCUAUGCCGAUUUUAGCGACAAGCAGUUCGUUCCCACUCUGCUGCAACCAUCUCAAUUUACCAAUGUAACUGGUGGGCAAGUGGUGGAAGCAGUCUCGAACAAGAACCAGGCUGUUUUCAUCUCGGGGUUGCUCAACAAUGCGAGCGUCAGCAGCGGCCCCGUCAACUUCAGUGGGGGGGUGGUUCACAUUAUUGACGACGUCCUGACCGUUCCGCAAAACAUUUCAGACACUGCCGUUCAACUCAACCUCUCCGCUGCCGCCGGUGCUCUCACUAGUGCCGAUCUGGUGACAACCGUCGACACCCUGUCCGAUGUGACCUUGUUCGUACCCAACAAUGAAGCGUUCGAGGCCAUCGGCUCUGCCCUUCCCAAUCUGACUACACAGGACUUGUCCUCGAUCCUGCAGUAUCAUCUCGUUCAGGGCGCGGUCGGCUACAGCACUCUACUGCAGAACGGCACGGUGCAGACGGUCCAGGGCAACGACCUGACCAUCACAGUCGAAGAUGGGGAGGUUUUCGUCAAUAGCGCUCGAGUGGUUGUUCCGGACGUGCUCGUCGCCAACGGCGUGGUUCACGUCAUUGACAACGUGCUGAAUCCCAACAAUGCCACUGCGAUGCCCAACCCGUCCCAAGGGUCCGGCUCGCCUGCAUUUAGCGGUGCCAGCUCUGCCAGCAAUAUUCCAUUUACAUCUGGUGUGCCGACGCCAACCGGCACCAGUGUCAGCCAGUCACCCACAGGUGCGACCGCGGCAUCAAGCAGUAGUUCUGGAGCUGCGGCGCCCGCCAAAACUGGGGUGGUGGGUGCAGCGGCCUUGUUCGGUGGCGCGCUCUUAGUCUUAAACAUGUAGACAGGAUGAGCAGUAGAGGAAUAACGGAAAGGAUGGGAUGCGCAUGAGUGAUGAGGUGCGAUUUGAGCCGCCGCCGGUCCCAGUGGGUUCGGUGAGGGCUGGUCUGAGAAUUGUGGGGGAUCUGAGUUUGCG